CAGUGGAGGGAGACUCUACUGAUCAGCUGGUCGAAAUGGCUGACAAGGAGACAAAUACCGAGUGCAUGUUUAUGCCUCUGUCAGCCAGCUUAGCAGGGUCGCGUUCCUCCCUCGCACCUCCCAGGGUCGAGGGCGCGGAACCCAAGCCUGGGAUCCCAGUCAUCAAAAGGUCACAGACUUUUACCCCAUCUGCCGCUGUAGGCAAGAGCAACUACGUAUGUAGGCUGAACCGCAGUGACAGUGACAGCUGUGUGCCAUCAUAUAGACGGGCACCAUUCCAGCGUGGCACAGCAGAGCGAAGAUCAUUGAGGUGGAAAGGGCGACUGAGUGGAUCGUUGAGAUUGUCAUCAAGGUCCCCAGGAUCAUCAGGCAUGAAGGGUGGCCGUACCUCGCUGGACUUGGAGUUAGAUCUGGCGGCGCAGCAGCGGCGUUUACAACAACUGCAUGAGGAACUCGAAGGAUUGCGCAGCCUCAAGUCACAGUUAGAAGGAGUCAAGAGCUCUCCUGAACCUCCAUCCUGGCUUGUGGAUCAGAACAACAUGACCAGUGUCCUCACACAGGCAACAAAGGGUGGUGGCGUCAAGUCUCCUGAGGACAGAAGGAUGGAAAAGAUGCUAAGAAAAACAUCAAGAGAGAUUCACAAGCUACGUAAUUCAAAAACACCAAGAGGGCAGCCUGAUGUCGUUUCCUUUAAGGAAAAGAUGGCAUUCUUCUUGAAGUCAAGUCCCACCAUUCCUCCAUUGACUGUUGAUUCAGACAGUGAAGUUUCAUCACCUACUGAACCUCUCAGUCCAGCACUUCCCACCGGAGGACCCACGUUACCACCUUACUCAUCUGUAACAUCAGAACACAAAAAUUCAUCACAAGUUUCAACACCUAUCACACACUCACAGACUUUAAACUCAGACGAACAAUCUCCUGACCAUAGUUCCCAAAAAUCACCCCGCACUUCAUCACCCUCAUCCCCAGUCCCAACGCCCACCAACACACCUCUAACUGGCCCAGCCUCUCCAUUGGUCAGGCAACUGACUGCCAGGCAUUCUAGUACUGGAGCCAUUCCCAAGGUGUUCCGUCCUGAUGUACUCUUCAGCUCAGAAGACCAAGGAGUGGAGGUCUGAUCUGCUAUUAGGAAGUUAGAUAACAUUCUCAUGUUUUAAUAUAUUCAUUUUCACAACUGUAUUCGUCCAGUGCCUACAGGCUCGUUUUUAUUUAUUAAGGAGACCCUGAAGGACAGUAUUACGAGGAAAUACUAAAGACUGGUGUUCGAGUUGGUGAUUUUUUAUUCCAUGGCUCGAGUAGUUUGACGCAGGACUGCGAAAUUGUUUUAUAUUAUAUUAACUUCGGGGUUCUCAUCUUUUUUAUGAAGAGGCUUCCAUGGCCCUGUGGUACUGGAUGAACUUGUAUCUCAUACUCACCUGACAGUAAGAAUCCUUUGAGACAGGAAUGAACUCAGUCCAAAGGGUUCUUCACAAUUUUUUAUGCUGAUAAAAGCCACUAAAGAUCUUUGAAUGGCAU